CCAUCAUGGAGGCGAUUAAGAGGCUAUUUCGACGCAUAACCUCCUCAACAGAGAAGAGGACAAUCUCUUUUGGAGAGAAUGAUCGACAAUAUGUGCAUAUAUAUCUACCGCGCGAUCACACCCCAUCAAAAGGUGUGAUACCUUUACUGAUCUUUGUCCAUGGAGGCGCAUGGGUGAGCGAAAAUGUUGGAAUGUAUUCAGACUUGGCUCAACAUAUUGCCUCAAAAGGAAUAGCUGUAGCUCUACCCGAGUAUAGAUUGACAAGAUACAAAGAUGUGACACCAGAAAACCCAAAUACGAUCUGGCAUCCGAAUCAUCUGGAAGACGUCUACGAAGGUAUCCGAACAGUCUAUGCAAAAGCAGAAAGUUUGGGUUAUAGAACCGAUCAGACUGUCCUUGUCGGACAUUCUGCCGGAGGAUAUAUGAACUUGGCCAUGGCGCUGGAUAGCACAAAGGCAAAUGAUGGGAAGUCCGAUGAUCUGAUUCGCGAUCUUCCACAGUUGGAAGCUUUUAUCGUCAAAUCGAUCAAAGCAUUCGUAUGCGUGGAGAGCAUCUUCUCGUUGGUCGAUAUGCUAAAGCAAUAUCCAACCUACAACUAUUUCACCACACCUGCAUUUUAUCCUCCUAACUCGCUAAGCAGUGCCAAGGAGCCGUACUUUGAAUUGGAAAAGGCCGGACCAGAAAGUUGGCCUCUAUACCCUUCAGGAUCGUAUCAUCCAACAAACCCGGACAUGCCCAACUUACACAUCAUUCACAGCAGCGAGGAUAGCCUACUCAAUAGUGACUAUAACGAAGUGGGAAUGAAACUGUUACGUUCUAAAGGUCUCAAUCUAUCAGUUGACCUGCAAUCGUUCAAAGGAGAUCAUGAAGAUUUGCUGCACACACGUCCAUUUUGGGAUAGACUUAUCAGCAUUGUACAGUCAUCAUAA